UCUUGCGCGCCGGAAGCGGAAGCGCCGAGUCUCCAUGGCGGCGGCGGCAGCGGCGGCGGCGGGGCCGGUGCUCUGGAGGCGACUGCUGGGCCUGCUGCCCGGCCGCCCCGGGCUGGCCGCGCUCCUGGGGCGCCUGUCCGACCGCCUGGGCAGGAACCGGGACCGCCGGCGCAGGAGGUCACCAUGGCUGCUGUUGGCUCCUUUGCUGUCCCCAACGGUCCCCCAGGUCACCUCCCCUCCUUGCUGCCUGUGUCCAGAGAGUGUGCACAGGUUCCAGUGGAUCCGGAACCUGGUCCCAGAGUUUGGGGUCUGCAGCUCGCACGUCAGGGUGCUUUCCUCCCCGGCGGAAUUUUUUGAGCUCAUGAAGGGCCAGAUAAAAGUGGCGAAGAGACGGGUCGUGAUGGCGUCUCUCUACCUGGGGACGGGUCCUCUGGAACAGGAACUGGUAGAUUGCCUGGAAAGCACUCUAGAAAAGUCACUCCAAGCAAAGUUUCCUUCAGACCUCAAGGUGUCCAUUCUCUUGGACUUUACACGGGGCUCAAGAGGUAGGAAGAACUCACGUACGAUGCUGCUCCCGCUGCUGCAGAGAUUUCCAGAGCAGGUUCGCGUCUCCCUCUUCCACACGCCUAACCUCCGUGGGCUUCUCCGGCUCCUGAUCCCCGAGCGCUUCAAUGAGACUAUCGGCCUGCAGCACAUUAAGGUGUACCUCUUUGACAACAACGUCAUCUUGAGUGGCGCAAACCUGAGCGACUCCUACUUCACCAACCGCCAGGACCGCUACGUGUUCUUGCAGGACUGCCCCGAGAUCGCAGACUUCUUCACAGAGCUGGUGGAUGCCGUGGGGGACGUGUCCCUGCAGUUGCAGGGGGAUGACACGGUGCAGGUGGUGGAAGGGAUGGUGCAUCCUUACAAAGGUGACCGGGCCGCAUACUGCAGGGCGGCCAACAAGAGGGUUAUGGAUGUGAUCCACUCAGCCAGGGCCCGCCAGCAAGUGCUGCACGCCCAGACCUUCCACGGCGACUCCCUCUUGACCCAGGAGGACGCGGCAGCUGCUGGUGACCGGAGGCCGGCCCCCGACACCUGGAUUUACCCGCUGAUCCAGAUGAAGCCCUUUGAGAUCCAGAUUGACGAGAUUGUCACCGAGACCCUGCUGACGGAGGCCGAGCGAGGCGCCAAGGUCUACCUCACCACUGGCUACUUCAACCUGACCCAGGCCUACAUGGACCUGGUCUUGGGCACGCGGGCCGAGUACCAGAUCCUGCUGGCCUCCCCGGAGGUGAACGGCUUCUUCGGGGCCAAGGGGGUGGCGGGUGCCAUCCCAGCCGCCUACGUGCACAUUGAGCGGCAAUUCUACGGCGAGGUGUGCAGCCUGGGGCAGCAGGAGCGGGUGCGGCUGCAGGAGUACUGGCGGAGGGGCUGGACGUUCCACGCCAAAGGCCUCUGGCUGUACCUGGCAGGGAGCAGCCUGCCCUGCCUCACGUUGAUUGGCUCUCCUAAUUUUGGGUACAGGUCAGUUCACCGGGACCUGGAGGCCCAGAUCGCCAUAGUGACGGAGAGCCGGGCCCUGCAGCAGCAGCUUCACCAGGAGCAGGAGCAGCUCUACCUGUGCUCAGGCGUGGUAUCGUCUGCCACCUUCGAGCAGCCGAGUCGGCAGGUGAAGCUGUGGGUAAAGAUGGUGACCCCGCUGAUCAAGAACUUCUUCUGAGGACGGACAGGAAUGGCCUUGAUGAAGACGACGGGCAUGGCUGGCGUCAGCUCCUUCAGCCUUGCUUCGGCGAGGACUCCGGUCUGGGUGUCCCAGCGAGCUCCUGCAGGACAGAGCAGCGAGGUCAGGGGGGCCCGUGGGGUCGUG